UACAGCCACUUAUGGAUGGAUGAUAAAACCAAAUUUAUGAAGCAGUUCCUUCUCUAUGGACGAUUUCUCAGUACGGAAGAGCUGGAAUUUUAUGCAGACUAUGAACUUCAAAAAUGCUCCCCACAGUUAGAUCACUUUAAACAACAGAUCAGCAUUUAUGAAACACUACAUAAAGAAGUUAGUGAGUUCGAAAAUCAGAAGACUUUUAAUGGCUGGCUCCAGGUUGAUAUUAAACCUUUUAAGAUAUCUUUAAUGAAUACUAUUAAAAAGUGGAGCUGGAUGUUUAAGGAGCAUCUACUUAACCAUGUAACUCAAAGCAUUACGGGGCUAGCGACAUUCAUCUAUGAAACCGAAAAAGGGUUAUCUAAGAAAAUUAAAGAAGGAGAUUAUGCACUUCUGGUUGAAAUAAUGAGACAUCUCAUGGCUAUCCGUGACCGACAAUCAACCGACGACAUUUUCAAACCUUUAAAAUCCAUGGCUGAACUGCUACGAAGUUAUGGGCAGCAGCUCCCAGAACAGAUUUAUAUAGAGCUUGAGGAAUUACCUGAAAAGUGGAAGAAUCUUAAAAAGAUUGCCUUCACUGUGAAGCAUGAAGUGGCUCCUCUACAGUCCAAUGAAGUGUCUGUUAUCAGAAGAAAAUGUGUACUUUUUGAGGUUAAACAGCAAGAGUUUAGAAACAGAUUUAAAAAUGAAGUUAUUUUUAGAUUUGAUGCUGACGAUCCUUAUACAUGUAUGGAUAAGACCCAUAAAGACAUUGCAAAACUGGAGGCAGAAAUGAAAGAGCUGCAGGAGACGGCUGAUCUUUUUGAAGUGAGUGUGCCAGAAUACAAACAGCUGAAGCAGUGCCGUACUGAUGCCAUCUUGCUCAAGUCUCUCUGGGAUAUGGUGGUGUUUGUCCAGAUGAGCAUUAAAGACUGGAUGAAAACUCCAUGGAAACAAACAAAUGUUGAACAAAUGGAUGUGGAUCUCCGUAGAUUUGCAAAGGGCAUGAAGACUCUGGAUAAAGAAAUUCGUACUUGGGAUGUUUACAUGGGAUUAGAAUCAACAGUUAAGAACUUGUUAACCUCCCUAAGAGCUGUGAAUGAACUCCAGAACCCUGCGGUCCGGAAAAGACAUUGGCAGCAGCUUGUGGUUGCCACAGGGGUAUGUUUUGUCAUGAAUGAAGACACUACACUAGGGGACCUUUUAGCUCUUCAGCUUCACAGAGUGGAAGAGGACGUUAAAAACAUUGUGGAUAAGGCUGUGAAAGAAAUGGCAAUAGAAAAGGCACUCCUGGAGAUCAGUCAGACAUGGGGUGUUAUGGAUUUCUCAUAUGAGGAGCAUCACAGCACAGGCACACCCUUGUUGAAAUCAGAUGAAAGCCUAAUAGAAACACUGGAAGACAAUCAGGUUCAGCUGCAAAACAUCCUAAUGAGUAAAUAUGUUGAAUAUUUCUCUGUGGAGGUCAGCAGCUGGCAGAAGAGGUUAAUGGUAGCUGAUCUGGUCAUUUCUAUGUGGCUUGAAGUUCAGCAAACUUGGGCCCACCUUCAGAGUAUUUUCACCAAUUCAGAAGACAUACGGAAUCAACUUUCAGAAGAUGCUAAAAGAUUUGAAGGAAUUGAUCAGGAUUUUAAAGAGCUGAUGGCUGUGGUGGUGAAGACAAAAAAAGUUAUAGAAGUAACAAACCAUAUGGGAUUGCUCGAAAAACUGGAAGUUCUUCAACACAGGCUCACACUUUGUGAGAAAUCCUUGGCAGACUAUUUAGACGCCAAGAGACUCACUUUCCCAAGAUUCUACUUUGUCUCGGCUGUAGAUUUAUUAGAAAUCAUCUCAAAAGGAACUCAUCCUAAGCAGAUUACCAAACACUUGGUGAAGCUCUUUGACAAUGUGGCUGACCUUAAAUUUGAAGAGGAGAAAAAUACAGAAAUACAAAUGGCCACAGGAAUGUACAGCAGAGAAGGAGAAUUUGUGGAUUUUUCAGAACAUUGUUUCUUGAAGGGACAGGCAGAAUGCUGGUUAAGCUGUUUGGAAGAAGCCAUGCAUGUGACAGUCAAACAGAAGAUCAUGGAAGCGGUGGUGGCCUAUGAGGAUAAAUCUCGAGAUCAGUGGCUGUUUGACUAUCCAGCACAAGUGGCAUUGACAGGUAGUCAAAUCUGGUGGGCUGCUGAUGUCAGGAUUGCUUUUGAGCGGCUUGAGGAAGGAUUUGAAACUGCUCUAAAGGACUACAACCGCAAACAGAUUGCUCAACUGAACGCCCUUAUAAACAUGCUGUUAGGGGAACUCACCCCUGGAGAUCGUCAGAAGAUCAUGACAAUAUGCACAAUUGAUGUACAUGCUAGAGAUGUUGUAGCCAAGCUUAUAGCACAGAAGUUGCGUCACAGAUGGGAUGAAGAGCAAAACGAGUGCUUUGUCAGCAUUUGUGAUGCCCAGUUUCAAUACUCCUACGAAUAUCUUGGGAACAGUCCUAGGCUUGUAAUUACACCUCUUACUGACAGAUGCUAUAUCACAUUGACACAGUCUCUUCACUUGACUAUGAGUGGUGCACUGUCAGGCCCUGCUGGAACAGGAAAAACAGAAACCACCAAGGACUUAGGCCGCUCUCUUGGAAUGAUGGUCUACGUCUUCAACUGUUCAGAACAAAUGGAUUACAAGUCAAUUGGAAAUAUCUACAAAGGUUUAUGCCAGACUGGAGUGUGGGGGUGUUUCGAUGAAUUCAAUCGCAUCUCUGUGGAGGUGCUUUCUGUCGUAGCUGUUCAAGUUAAAACUAUUCAGGAUGCCAUCCGACACAAGAAGAAAAGAUUUAAUUUUGUAGGUGAGACUAUUGAAUUGAAGGCAACAGUGGGGAUCUUCAUAACUCUUAAUCCUGGUUAUGCAGGGAGAGCAGAACUUCCAGAAAACCUUAAAGCUCUUUUUCGACCCUGCGCAAUGGUGAUUCCAGACUUCGAGCUUAUUUGUGAAAUAAUGCUGGUGGCAGAAGGAUUUGUGGAUGCCAGAUUGCUUUCUAGAAAGUUCAUUUGCCUCUACACACUUUGUCAAGAGCUCCUGUCUAAACAGGAUCAUUAUGACUGGGGUCUUAGAGCUAUAAAAUCUGUCUUAGUUGUGGCUGGAUCAUUGAAACGAGAAGACCGAAGCAAACCUGAAGAUCAGGUUUUGAUGAGAGCCCUCAGGGAUUUUAAUCUUCCUAAGGUAGUCACUAAUGAUGUCUCCAUAUUUCUGGGCCUGAUCAAUGACUUGUUCCCGUUGCUGGAAGUUCCACGGAAAAGAGAUCUGAAGUUGGAACAGCUGGUGCGUCAGUCCAUUGCAGAACUCCGUUUGCAGCCCGAAGAAAACUUUAUCCUGAAGGUUAUGCAGUUAGAAGAACUUCUGGCUGUCAGACACUCAGUCUUUGUGGUUGGAAAUGCUGGAACAGGAAAAAGCCAGAUAUUGAAGACACUGCAUGUGACUUACACCAAAAUGAAGCUGAGGCCAGUGUGGAAUGAUAUCAACCCAAAAGCUGUCACCACAGAUGAACUUUUUGGGUUUCUUCAUCCAUCAACAAGAGAGUGGAAAGAUGGCUUAUUUUCAGCCACCAUGAGAGAACUGUCAAGCAUCACACAUGAUGGCCCCAAAUGGAUUGUGCUAGAUGGGGACAUUGACCCUAUGUGGAUAGAGUCACUCAACACUGUCAUGGAUGACAAUAAGGUUCUAACUCUAGCAAGUAAUGAACGAAUUUCACUAACACCUUCAAUGAGACUCGUGUUUGAAAUCAGUCACCUUCGGGCAGCAACUCCGGCCACUGUGUCAAGAGCUGGCAUCCUGUAUGUGAACACCCAAGACCUAGGCUGGACCCCAUAUGUGUCUAGCUGGAUCGAAACUCGCAAAGCACAGUCUGAAAGAGCAAACCUAACCAUCCUCUUUGACAAAUAUGUUCCAUUCUGCUUGGAGCAAGUCCGAUGCAGCUUGAAAACCAUCACUCCGGUUCCUGAGAACAGCAUGGUACAGACUUUGUGUGCAUUACUGGAUUGUCUCCUGACCCCAGAGAAUACGCCCCCAGACUCUCCUCGUGAACUCUACGAAAUAUAUUUUGUAUUUGCAAGUGUAUGGGCUUUUGGUGGUGCUUUGUUCCAAGAUCAGCUAAUUGAUUAUCGCAUGGAGUUUAGUAGGUGGUGGAUCAAAGAAAUGCGAACAAUAAAAUUUCCUUCCCAAGGGACAGUUUUUGAUUACUUCAUUGACCCUGAUACAAAAAAAUUUACUUUGUGGAGUGAGAAAAUUCCAGGCAUUGAAAUGGAACCAGAUGUCCCUCUCCAGGCCGUCUUGAUUCAUACAUCUGAAACCAUUCGCUUGAGAUACUUUGUGGAUUUACUUUUAGAGAAGGGUCAGCCAAUUAUGCUGGUGGGAAAUGCUGGCAUUGGAAAAACAGUCCUCUUGUCUGACAAGUUUUCCAAGCUAUCAGAAGAUUAUAUGGUGGCCAAAGUCCCCUUUAAUUAUUACAUAACAUCUGCUAUGCUUCAGCGUGUUCUUGAAAGAUCCUUGGAAAAGAAAGCUGGCAGAAAUUAUGCUCCUCCAGGCAUGAAAAAAUUAAUUUACUUCAUUGAUGAUCUUAAUAUGCCUGAGGUUGAUGCCUAUGGAACUGUCCAACCUCAUACUCUAAUUAGACAGCAUCUCGACUAUAGUCAUUGGUAUGACAGACAGAAACUGAUUUUGAAAGAAAUUCACAAUUGUCAGUAUGUCACGUGCAUGAAUCCCACUGCUGGAAGUUUUUCAGUAAAUCAGCGUCUUCAGAGACAUUUCUCUGUGUUUGCUGUCCACUUCCCAGGAACUGAUGCUUUAGCCACCAUCUAUGGCAAGAUAAUAAAUAUGCAUUUCCAGCAAGGAGGCUUCAGUUAUAGUAUAUUGAAGUCUGUCAGCACACUUAUUCAAGCUGCAAUUUCUCUGCACCAGAAGAUGACCCAGAAUUUUUUACCCACAGCCAUUCGAUUUCAUUAUGUUUUUAAUUUAAGAGAUUUGACACGGAUAUUCCAGGGAAUGCUUUUUGCUACACCAGAAUGUGUGCGGUUUCCUAUUGAUUUGGUUCAUUUAUGGCUUCAUGAAUCAUCCCGAGUCUACUCAGAUAAACUUAUGGAGGAAAAGGAUAUUGACCAUUUUAACAAAGUGCUCAUUGAUACAGCAAAAAGGUAUUUUGAGGGUGUUGAUGAGCACAUAUUUAUCCAUAAGCCACUAAUUUACUGCCACUUUGCCCAUGGUGUUGGAGAACCUCGUUACUUUCCAGUAUCUGAUUGGAAAAAGCUGACCAGAAUUUUAACAGAGGCAUUAGAGCACUACAAUGAACUCCAUGUGGCAAUGAACCUUGUUCUCUUUGAGGAUGCCAUACAGCACAUUUGUCGCAUCAGCCGCAUUCUUGAAGCCCCCUAUGGAAAUGCCCUUUUGAUUGGAGUUGGAGGAAGUGGAAAGCAAAGUUUGUGCCGCUUAGCUGCCUUCCUCAGCUCUCUGGAAGUCUUCCAAAUAGCCCUCCGCAAAAACUAUGCUAUUCAUGAUCUCAGGAGUGAUAUUGCUACACUUUACUUUAAAGUUGGUGUGAAGAACAUCGGUACUGUGUUUCUUCAUGCAGAUGCUCAGAUCCCUGAUGAGCGUUUUCUCGUAUUAAUUAACGACAUGCUGGCAUCAGGUGACAUUCCUGAUUUAUUUAGUGAAGAUGAAGCAGAUAGCAUAAUUUCUUCAGCAAGAAUGGAACUUCAUGCUCUUGGCCAGAUGGAUUCAAAAGAGCACUGCUGGCAAUUUUUCAUUGACCGAAUUCGUCAGCAACUAAAGGUUGUAUUAUGCUUCUCUCCUGUGGGUUUCACCUUGAGAGCAAGAGCGAGGAGAUUUCCAGCCCUGGUGAACUGCACUGCUAUUGACUGGUUCCAUGCCUGGCCAUUAGUGGCUCUCCAGUCUGUCAGCACCAGCUUCAUUGAUAAGAUGGAUUUACUCCAACCUCAUGUGAAGUCUUCAAUCAGCCACUUUAUUGCUUUUGCACACACAAGUGUUAAUGAAGUAAGUGUCAAGUACCAGCAGAAUGAGAAGUGCUAUAACUACACAACGCCUAAGAGUUUCCUGGAACUAAUUAAACUUUAUCAGAAUCUACUAAGGAAGAAGAGAAAAGAACUGGUUCAAAAAAUGGAAAGACUGGGAAAUGGUUUGCAAAAGUUACAGACUACAGCUUCACAGGUAGAAGAUCUGAAGUCUAAGCUUGCUGUUCAAGAGACAGAACUUCAUCAGAGAAACAAAGAUAUGGAGGCUCUGAUUGACAAAAUAGGACAACAGACUGAAAAACUAAGUCAAGAAAAAGUCACAGCUGAUGAGGAGGAGCAGAAGGUGGCUGCUAUUCAAGCAGAAGUGACAAAGAAGCAGCAAGAAUCUGAAAAUGACCUUGCGAAAGCUGAGCCAGCUCUUCAUGCAGCAAAUGCUGCCUUGAAUACACUAAACAGGCUAAACCUGACUGAGCUAAGAACUUUUCCUAAUCCACCUGUGAUUGUAGCAAACGUGACAGCCGCUGUCCUAGUCCUUUUGUCUCUCAGUGGCAAGAUUCCAAAAGACAGAAGCUGGAAAACCACAAAGAUGUACAUGAGUAAGGUAGAUGAGUUCCUCCAAAGCCUCAUCAAUUUUGAUAAAGAACAUAUCCCAGAAGCUACUGUAAAAGCUGUAAAAGAAGAUUAUCUGAGUGAUCCAGAGUUCAAUCCCGAGUUUGUACGGACAAAAUCUUCAGCUGCAGCUGGUCUCUGUGCAUGGGUCAUUAAUAUCAUCAAAUUCCAUGAGGUAUAUUGUGAAGUGGACCUCAAACGUCAGUCCCUGGCUCAAGCCAACACAGAUUUGCUCAUUGCAGCAGAAAAACUUGAAAGUAUCCGGAAGAAACUUGAUGAACUAGACACAAACCUGGCUGCCUUAACCACCGCCUUUGAGAGGGCUACAGCUGAGAAAAUCCGCUGCCAGGAAGAAGUGAAUAGAACUAACAAGACUAUUGAGCUGGCCAACAGAUUAGUGAAAGGUCUGGAGUCAGAAAAUGUGAGAUGGGCUCAGUCGGUGGCACAGUACCAUGAACAAGAGAAGACGCUGUGUGGAGACGUACUUCUAACUGCAGCUUUUAUUUCGUAUGCUGGGCCAUUUGCAAAAUGUUAUAGGCACGAGCUAGUUCAAAAUCGGUGGUUGCCCUAUUUGAGAAGUCAAAAGGUCCCCAUUCCAAUGACGGAAGGUCUUGAUCCGAUCUCCAUGCUGACGGAUGAUGCAACAAUUGCUCAAUGGAACAAUGAAGGCUUGCCUAGUGAUGCCAUGUCUACACAAAAUGCCACUAUUCUUACAAACUGCGAACGUUGGCCUCUAUUGAUUGACCCUCAGCACCAGGGGAUCAAAUGGAUAAAAAGCAGAUAUGGCUCAGAUUUGAAAGUCAUCCAUUUGCGUCAGAAAGGGUAUGUUGACAUUAUAGAAGAGGCGGUUGUUGCUGGAGAUCCUGUUUUGAUAGAACACCUGGAGGAAACCAUCGACCCUGUGCUUGAUCCCCUCCUUGGAAGGCACAUGCUAAAAAAGGGACGGUAUAUAAGAGUAGGAGAUAAGGAGUGUAAAUUUCACCCAAAAUUCCAGCUCAUCCUCCACACCAAACUUGCCAAUCCCCACUAUAAACCAGAGAUCCAGGCCCAGACCACUUUAAUUAAUUUUACAGUUACGCGGGACGGUUUGGAAGAUCAAUUGUUGGCAGAUGUUGUUAACGUGGAAAGACCAGACCUAGAACACUUCAAGUCUGAACUCACAAAGCAGCAAAAUUAUUUUAAAAUUGAGUUGAAAAUGCUUGAAGAUGAAUUACUGACACGCCUUUCAGCUGCUGAGAGUAAUUUCCUUGGGGAUACCCUUCUGGUUGAGAGGCUGGAGACAACAAAACACACAGCAGCAGAAAUAGAAAUUAAGGUUAUGGAAACAAAAGUCAAUGAAGUAAAGAUCAACGAGGCUCGUGAGCAUUAUCGCCCCGUAGCAGCAAGAGCUUCCCUGCUCUACUUCCUAAUGGAUGAGCUGAAAAAAAUCAAUCCAAUGUAUCAGUUCUCACUCAAGGCAUUUAAUGUCGUAUUUCACAAAGCAGUGCAGCAAGCAGAACCUUCCAACAAUGUGAAGGAGAGGGUCAACAACCUGAUUGACUGUGUAACACACUCUACUUUUAUUUACAUCAAUCGUGGCCUGUUUGAGAGGGACAAGCUUAUCGUCACUGCCCAGUUGGCUUUCCAGCUUUUGCUUAUGAAUAAAGAGAUUGAUGCUCGUGAACUAGAUUUCCUUCUGAGAUUUAACAUUGAUCACAGUUAUAACAGCCCUCUGGAUUUUCUCUGCAACUCUGCAUGGAGUGCAAUCAAGACAAUGAGCUUCAUGGAUGAGUUUCGUGGCUUAGACAGGGAUAUAGAAGGAUCCCCAAAACGGUGGAAAAAAGUGGUGGAGUCAGAAUGUCCGGAGAAAGAGAAAUUUCCACAGGAAUGGAAGGCAAAAAGUUCCCUCCAGAAACUGAUUAUUAUGCGAGCCUUGAGACCAGAUCGAAUGACUUAUGCUGUCAGGAACUUUGUUGAAGAGAAACUUGGAGCCAAAUAUGCAGAGGGCCGUAAGACUGACUUUGCAAAAUCAUUUCAAGAAAGUGGGCCUGGUUUGCCGAUAAUUUUCAUUUUAUCCCCUGGAGUUGACCCACUGAAAGAUGUUGAAUCACUAGGGAGCAAGCUUGGAUUUACCAUUGACUCGGGGCAGCUUCACAAUGUCUCUUUGGGUCAAGGGCAGGAAGCCAUAGCAGAGAUGGCUAUGGAAAAAGCUUCAAAAGAAGGCUACUGGGUUAUACUUCAAAAUAUUCAUCUUGUUGCAAAAUGGCUUGACACAUUAGAGAAAUUACUGGAGAAGUACAGUGAAGGGAGUCACCCAGCCUAUCGGGUUUAUAUGAGUGUUGAACCUGCCCCCACCCCUAAAGAACAUAUCAUUCCACAGGGAAUCUUGGAAAAUUCUAUUAAAAUAACCAAUGAACCACCAACUGGGAUGCUGGCUAAUCUUCACGCUGCGUUGGAUAAUUUUGACCAGAACAUUCUUGAUCAGUGCACUCGGGAACAGGAAUUUAAGACCAUUCUGUUUUCACUCUGCUACUUUCAUGCCUGUGUGGCUGAGCGACGGAAAUUUGGACCUCAGGGCUGGAACAAGAAAUACCCUUUUAACAAUGGGGACCUUACAAUUUCGGUCAAUGUUCUGUACAAUUACCUGGAAGCAAACUCUCAGGUACCUUGGGAAGAUCUCCGUUACUUGUUUGGUGAUAUUAUGUAUGGUGGUCAUAUUACAGAUGAUUGGGAUAGGAGACUCUGCCGUACAUACUUGGAAGAGUAUAUGCAACCCAAUCAGUUUGAUAGGAAGCUGGUUCUGGCUCCUGGCUUUGCAGUUCCUUCGAACUUGGAUUACCAAGGUUACCACAAAUAUAUUGAUGAAAUGCUGCCCCCUGAAAGCCCAGUCCAUUAUGGCCUUCAUCCCAAUGCAGAGAUUGAAUUCCUGACAGUGACUUCAGACAACUUGUUCCAUACCCUGCUGGAACUGCAGUCCCAAGAAUCCAUCACUGGGGAAGGCACCUCGCAGACAGUGGAAGAAAAAGUAAAGGUGAUAUUGGAUGACAUAUUGGAGAAACUUCCAGAAGAAUAUAACAUGGCUGACAUUACCUCAAAAACUGCAGAAUUUUCUCCAUAUGUCCUGGUUUGUUUUCAAGAAUGUGAAAGAAUGAAUCUACUAAUACAUGAGAUAAGACGCUCUCUUAAAGAACUUGAUCAAGGACUUAAGGGUGAGUUGGCAAUCUCCGCUGAGAUGGAGCAGCUACAGACAGCUCUUUUUUUAAAUAAUCUUCCUGACACUUGGAUGAAACUGGCUUAUCCAUCAACGUACAGCCUCGCUCAGUGGUACGGUGAUCUCCUUCUGCGCUGCCGUGAGCUUGAGUCCUGGGCGCAGGAUCUCACCCUCCCUAGUGUUGUCUGGAUAUCAGGCUUAUUCAACCCCCAGUCCUUCCUCACAGCUGUCAUGCAGAGUCUAGCCCAUAAAAACGAAUGGCCUUUGGAUAAGAUGCACUUAACAGUGGAUGUCACCAAAAAAUAUAAAGAAGAGUUUACUCAGCCUGCUAGAGAAGGAGCAUACAUACAUGGUCUGUAUUUAGAAGGUGCUCGUUGGGAUGUUCAAGGGGGACAUAUAGCUGAAGCUUGCCUGAAAACAGUGACACAAGCAAUGCCUGUUAUUUUUGUGAGAGCCAACCCCAGUGACAGGCAAGAGACAAGGAAUGUAUACGAAUGCCCAGUAUACAAGACGAAACAAAGAGGUUCCACUUAUGUGUGGACCUUCCAUUUAAAAGCCAAGGAAAGGCCAGCAAAGUGGAUUCUUGCCGGUGUUGCUUUGCUUUUAAGUGUGUGAGAUUCCAGAACCUGGGUUUCAGACUGAUCUUUCUCUAGCUUUAGCUUAGACCCCUUUGCCUUGGUGAGUUUGUGUGGAUGUCCAAUAUUUUGUUCUCUUCUCUCUCUCUCUCUCUCUCACACACACACACACACGAACUCUUGCAUGAACCUUUAUACCUGUGACAUUGUACUCUUUACUCAUGCCUGUUGCCCCAAUGACAGUUUAAAGAAGAUAAAGAUGAUUCAUGUGGAAAAGA